AUGGCGGCAAAAUUUGUUUUUCCUUCGUACACCAAAAUCGUCUUGACACCUCGACAGUUUUCGAAAAACGUGCCGUUUAUUACAAAGAAGUUAUUUCUUAAUUCAAGAAGAAACAGAUCUACAUCAAAUUUUUCGUAUCCUCUUUCAGAAACUUUAGAGAAAGUCAAGGAAUCACUGGCCGCGAUUGCCAAUGACAAACUCCCAAGGAAAACCACUAGCGUGUUUGUAGGAACAGGGCAAUACUACGAUCAUGAGACCAACGAAAGAAUAGUUGUAAUAUCUCUUGGAGAAAAUGGAAACUUAGAGCUACCGAUUGUCCUUCACGAUACCUCCCUUCCUCGCGGUGAAGUUGAUAAACUGGAGAAGAAACUGAACUCUUUGUCAGAGGUGGGUUCCGUUCAUUCUGGCGAGUUAGACAGCGUGCAAGACUCUCCCUGGAAAUUUGGAUUUGCUUGUAAACCUUCGUUUUCUAUCUUCUCGACCUCUGGAUUUUGCUGCCAAUUUCAACAUUCAAGUGUAGAAGGAGAGUGCUUUAGAAUCUUUGAUGAACAUAUGCAUUUGCAUGAAGAUGUACCUCUCUCAGAGAUAGAGCAUAUCCAAGUUUGGCUGUCUCCAGAGCCAUGGGAGGAGAGGAAACUACAACUCAAAAUGAAGAAUGGAGAUUUGAUUAGUGUUCUGGAAGACUAUGAAGAGAACAUCUCCAAUGAAAAUGGUUUGGCUUCCCUGAUGCUAACCACUGAAUGGAUGGUGAAGGCUGCUGGACAUAUGUGUGUAACAGCCAGACAGUUUGGAGCCACCACAGUUUCUCUCAAACUUCCUUCUGUACUUAGAGCUGAUGUCAAUCCAUGGGUGGCAAUGAGAAACAAGAUCUGGGCAGAGAAAAACAGUGAGAGUUGAGAACAGGAGGAAUGGGCUCCAUUGACAAAUACAGGUGGGAUUCAGUUAAUUGAUAGACUGGUAAUGGGUAUAUAUACAUGUACACCUGUAAGACCACUUUGAACCCUUUCACUCCCAAGAUCAUUUUAGUAAUUCUCCUCACUGACUGUCAUUUUUUCUUGUGAUGUUAGUUUUGAGAACUAGGUAUUAGAUCAACUAAUAAUCCCCUUCUUGAAAUUUUUCUUUAUUGUGAUAUUGUGAGGAGAAGUUCUGUUUUGGUUACUUGUGGGAGUCAUAGGGUUAAGACCAAUUCCAAGAGAUACUUUGAUGUAUGGUGAUGUUUAUUUCUGUAAUUUCUUUGAUUACCUUUCUAAGAAUCAGUUUGUAGCUUGUUUUCAUUUUCAGGUAAAAACAUUUUAUUUUUCAUUUAUUAUUUGUGAUCAGAGAAUGCUCUCAAAUUUGCUUCUUUCUCAAUAAGGUUCCUCACAGCUCAGUUGGUAGUGUCCAAUUAAUAGCUAGGGGGGGACUCGAAAUAUUUGGUUCGAGAUGAGACAAUAAUCAGGGUUUACAAGUCCAGAAUAGGUUACUUGUACUCCAAUAAUUGCUAAUUCAUGUAAACUGGAAGUUCUCCUUGAAAAGGAAAGUGGUAUUUUUAGUUGGGUGUACUGUUAAAAACAUUACAAUGACAACUUCAGAGGGUAGUUUUUUAAUGAACUCUAUUUUGUUAUUGCGAUGGCGGCAAGCUAUAGAUUGGUUGUAGAUAUGAAAUUGUGACUCUACAUGUAUAUAGCUUAAAUUUUUUCCCAACAGGGCAUGCUCUCAUUGGUUACCUUGGAGUCAUGUGACAUCUCUAACAAAGAAAUUGUUUGAACUCAAAAGUCUGUGAUUGGACAACAUUGUAAAAUCUUUGACAGCAAAGAAUUAAAGGGUACAGUCACCCAUAAAUGUUGACUGUUGACUUUCAUUGCAUGUGAAUAUGGUGGUGUUAGAUUUAUAAAUUAUUGAAUAAGAGUGAGGUCAAGACGGCUGGAUAUUGGCCAAGUUUUUUUUUUUUUGUGUGUUUAUAGGGACUGAGGUGAAGUGGAGGUCUUAAAAACACUCCUCGCCCUGAAAAAAAAAGGAUUUACUCCAUAGCAAAAAUAUUUUGCUUUAAUAAGAGUCAAGAAUGACUUGUUUAUUUUUGAGCACUGGGAGAGGAAGCCAACUGUGAUUUGCACAAUAACAGCAGUAGAGUGCACGAUAAAGUGGCAACACGCACAAUAACAGUGGCAAAGUGCACAAAGCUGGCUCAGAGCUAUCCUGUUUAUGCAUAUCUGAGUUGGUUGACUUGUCCUGCUUUUGUGUGAUUUUCUCUAAUUUGGCCCAACACCCAAAGAAAAACUGAGACAAUGUACAGUCAUAGGCAGUCUAUGGUGAAGUUUGAAAUCAGUGGAUACAGUAGUAAGGUAUACAUGUAGACCUGUGGCACCAGGAUGUGAAACUCUUCUUUUUCCACAUGGUCAUCAGUGUAACAUUUUUGUAUGUGCUUGUUCUACAGGGCACAAACUGUAAUAUCCAAGACAAAAAAUACAUGAAGAUAUCACCAUCAAAGGAAGUUGUGUGAUCUAUACCAAAAGUUUUCUAACUGGAGAUGCUGAGUGAGUAGCUUUUGAGACUUUGUCUUAUUGUUAUCUGAUAUAAAUUUAUACUCUGGUUAUCCUAUAGACUGUGGUUUAUAUUCCACUUCCAUUGAAAUGUUUUCCUCAUGUUAUUACCAAUAGGUUUGUAUUUUGGUUAGUAUUGAAAAUUUGAACAACUUCUCCCUGUGCAUGUAACUACUAUCUUGAAUAUUCCUCUGAUUUUUGUCAUACUACGCAGUUUAAGUGAAUGAUAUAUAUUGUAAAUUGCCAUUUGAAGUGAAGUAAAAGUCUUACCACAUUUUCCCUUUACACACCUGUACACACUUGUACAUAAAGAGCAUUACUUGCAAAAGGGGAAGAUAAUUGAAAUGGGUGUUAGAAAUGUUUAUCAUGUUUAUCACAUGUACUUUGCACCUCCAAUCAGUUGAUUUUACACAUAAUAUAUAGUGACUAUACAAAUAUGCUGAGUAUGCAAAUUACUAUGUAAACGACAUCAUUCAUUAAUUUGUUAGCAGUUGGUAAUUUUGAGAUUACUGCAAAAUGAAAAUUUAUUUUACG